AUGCCUUCGCGGCGAACGUCCAACACAGGCGACUCGAGCGCCUCAAUGGGGCCUCUGGCCAGAUUCUGGAGAAAAACCCAUGCGCCUGAUUAUGUCGGCUUCGUCGUCCUCCUGGCAGGAUGGAUGCUGAUUGUCAACCUCGUUAAUCCUUUCCACCGCAUGUUCUUCACCAACGAUCUCCGCAUCUCGUAUCCUCAUGCCGAGCAUGAACGAGUCACCGUCCCUCUCAACUUUUUAUACGCCCUUUUCAUCCCCUUAGGCGUCCUCAUCUCCUACAACAUCGUCACCCGCGCUUCGACCCACAAGCAUGAAGCCACGUACCUCGCCUUUGCCAUCUCCAUUGUCCUCUCAUCCUUCAUCACAGACGUUGUCAAAAACGCCGUUGGACGUCCCCGGCCCGAUCUUCUUGCUCGAUGCCAGCCAUCUGCCGACACCAAGCCCAACGUCCUCGUCACCAUCGACGUCUGCACCGCCCCUGACGGCCACACUCUCCAGGACGGCUGGCGCUCAUUUCCAUCCGGCCACUCGUCCUUCUCCUUCGCUGGCCUGGGCUUCCUGAGCCUUUUCCUUGCGGGCCAGUUGCACGUAUUCAACUACUACACCGGCGGAAGGGACCUCAGUCGUGCGCUCGUCUGCCUCGUUCCCCUCCUUGGCGCUGCCCUCAUUGCCAUCUCGCGGACCGAAGACUAUCGCCAUGAUGUUUAUGACGUGUGCGUUGGAUCGGCCCUCGGCAUGACUGUUGCGUACUGGAGCUACAGGAGGCACUGGCCUCAUCUCACGAGUCCUGUUUGUGAGGAGCCUCAUCCCCAUCCAUCUGCUGAAGCACAACCAGGGUGGCAGCGCGUAAGAGAUGAAGAAGAUCAGGACAGUGGCCUCGUAUUCCCGCUGGGAACUCGAAGGAGCUGA